AUGGCUGCACGGAUAGCGAACCUGCGCUCAAUACUGCCCGACCUCGAGUCUGCGCUGAGCACGUUUGCGCAUUCGCCAUCCAAAUUUCGCGUCGUCCGCACCGUCAACCCCACCGACACGCAGCCAAAGACACUGUACAUCCUGGACUCCAGCUUCAAUCCACCCUCAAUCGCACAUCUGUCCCUUAUUCAGUCUGCACUGAAGAACCACGGCAAAUCAGAGCAUAGUCCAUACAGACUGUUGCUACUGUUCAGCACACAGAACGCAGACAAGGCACCCAGCCCCGCGGGCUUCGUACAGCGCAUUGCGCUGAUGACAGUCUUCGCCGAAGACUUCUCGCGGUCACUCCAAGCAUCCUCUGCUGGAACAGAGCUUGCAGACCUUUCUAUUGACAUUGGACUCACGAAAGAGCCAUACUACUCAGACAAGUCGAUAGCCAUACGCGACACUAGCCCCCCAUUUUACUCCUCGAAACCCAUCCACGUCCACCUCACCGGCUACGACACGCUCAUCCGCUUCUGCAACCCCAAGUACUAUCCCAAAUACGACCCGCCACUCUCAGCGCUUAAGCCGUUCUUCGACGAUGGCCACAAGCUGCGCGUCACACAGCGGCCGACUGACCCCGACGACAAGUCAUCGAACGAGUUUGGCACAGUAGAGGAACAGCAGAAGUACGUGAACGACUUGAAGGACGGCACACGUGAGAAGGACGGGUUCAGGCCGGAAUGGGCAGAUAACAUCGAUAUGGUCGAGGCCAAUGACGGCGUUGGCAUCAGCUCGACCAGGGUGCGCAAUGCUGCAAAAGACGGCAAUUGGAAUGUGGUAGAAGAGCUUUGCACGGAGGGCGUCGCUGCAUGGCUCCAAGACCAGGCCCUGUACAGUGAAGAUGCCACUGGCAAAAAGCUGAGCAGCUGA